AUUGGCCGCUGAGUGCAGGUUUCUGAUGUGUCGCUCAAGCAGCUGGAGUUUCGGAUGUGUUUUGCAUCCGUUCUUGACAAACGAUCUCGCGCAGUGGAUCCAGACCUCACAGACACACUCCGGACCGAAACCAGCUCCAGAAAAUGGCUCAGUGUGCAGCAGCGGCCAGCGGCAACGUGAACGGAGACGGCAAUGCGAAGAGGAAAGUGGCCAUCAUUACAGGCAUAACCGGUCAGGAUGGGUCCUACCUGGCUGAGUUUCUGCUGGCUAAAGGUUAUAAGGUUCAUGGUAUCCUCCGCAGGUCCAGCUCUUUCAACACGGGCCGGAUUGAGCACCUUUAUCACAACCCUCAAACACACACAGAAGGAAGCAUUGGAUCCGCUGGGUCUUAUAUGAAGUUGCACUACGGAGACUUGACUGACAGUACGUGCUUGGUAAAGAUUAUAAAUGAAGUCAAGCCCACUGAAAUAUACAACCUCGGAGCACAGAGUCACGUCAAGAUCUCCUUUGACCUGGCUGAGUACACCGCAGACGUGGAUGGGGUGGGGACCCUGCGGCUGCUGGAUGCAGUGAAGACCUGUGGUUUAACUGACACCGUCCGUUUCUACCAGGCCUCCACCAGCGAGCUCUACGGGAAAGUACAGGAAAUUCCCCAGAAGGAGACCACACCAUUUUACCCACGAUCUCCUUAUGGUGCUGCUAAACUGUAUGCAUAUUGGAUUGUGGUAAACUUCCGGGAAGCCUAUAACCUCUUUGCUGUGAAUGGGAUCUUGUUUAAUCAUGAGAGUCCUAGAAGAGGAUCUAAUUUUGUAACGAGGAAGAUCAGUCGCUCUGUGGCGAAGAUCCAUCUUGGACAGUUGCAGAGCUUCAGCCUGGGCAAUCUGGACUCCAUGAGAGACUGGGGCCAUGCCAAAGAUUACGUGGAGGCGAUGUGGCUGAUGUUGCAGCAGGAGGAGCCUGUCGAUUUUGUCAUCGCGACGGGGGAAGUGCACAGCGUACGGGAGUUCGUGGAGAAGGCCUUCAAACACGUGGGCAAAACCAUUGUGUGGGAGGGGAAGAAUGAGGAGGAGGUGGGCCGUUGUCAGGAGACGGGAGAGAUUCAUGUGACGGUGGAUCCGAAGUACUAUCGGCCAACUGAAGUGGACUUUUUACAGGGAGACAGUUCCAAAGCCUUGAAGAUCCUGGGCUGGAAACCACGUGUGACGUUUGAGGAGCUCGUUAAAGAAAUGGUGGCUGCGGACAUCGAGCUCAUGCGGAACAACCCGAAUGCCUGAGCCCACACGCCUUCAUCUCCAUGCAUGCCAAAGAGGCGGUUGUCAUGUGUGUGUGUGUGUGUGUGUGUGUGUGUGUGUGUGUGUGAUCACUGGAAGAAGCAUUCAGUGCAGUUCUGUCGCUCCGUCUGUCGUUUUCUCUGCUGCUUCAGCUUUCUGAUCUCCGUUGCCUUUCUCUGUUCCUCAAUACGGUCAUAUUUAAGAUUACGUGUACGGAUUUUCACUUUGUGUUCUGUUCAAAUGAUUUUUAUCCAUUUUUAUAAAGCAGUUUUUAUUCAUAAUCGAGACACGUGUAAUAAAUAAGGGAUUAAAGGGUUUGUAGAGCUUUUUAAAGCCGUUUGCUCUUUUUAUUUAUGUGAUUCCUUAAAAUUUAAGCGAUGACAUUAUUUGGUUGGAAUUUUAAAAAUUGUUUUCUGAAUAUUUAAAAUGGAAAUACAAACUGUGAAGUUUUAAAAUUCA